UGUUUACACUAUGAUGUUUAUGUAAACUUCGCAUGCGCAAAUACUUGCUCGGCGUUUGCAUCAUUCGACAUUCGGAUUGAGAUAGAGGUUGUAUACGUCUUCCACUAACAGCCGAUUUUCAUAGUUAAGAAGGCCGAAUACCGAACAUGACGGAGAAAAUUACCAAUGGUUUCCAUGUUACGAACCUGAUUGGGGCGAAUGAUCGUCCCAAGGCGGGUCAGACGGGCACAUUUAAGGUGAAGGCCGGCCUUGCCCAGAUGGCCAAAGGGGGGAUCAUCAUGGACGUCACCAACGCGGAGGAGGCUCGAAUCGCCGAGGAGGCCGGGGCAUGCGCAGUGAUGGCGCUCGAGAGGGUUCCAGCAGAUAUCCGCCGGGACGGAGGUGUGGCCCGCAUGUCGGAUCCCAAGAUGAUCAAGGAGAUAAUGGCGGCGGUGACGAUACCGGUGAUGGCGAAAGCACGUGUGGGGCACUUUGCUGAAGCGCAGAUACUCGAGUCACUGGGGGUGGAUAUGGUCGACGAGUCCGAGGUGCUGACUCCUGCAGACGAAACAAACCACAUCAACAAGCAAGCCUUUACAGUUCCGUUUGUGUGCGGUGCACGUGACCUGGGUGAGGCACUGCGCAGAAUCGCCGAGGGAGCAGCUAUGAUAAGAACAAAAGGACUCGCGGGGACUGGUGACGUGGCGGAGGCGGUGCGCCACCAGCGCAUGAUCAAUAAGCAGAUCAAGAUGGCUCAGUCGCUGGACGCAGACGAACUCUACAGCUACGCCAAGGAGCUCCGUGUGCCCAUCGAUCUACUGCAGAAAACUGCGGAGCUCGGUCGUCUUCCGGUGGUGAACUUCGCUGCGGGUGGAAUAGCUACCCCGGCGGACGUGUCUAUGAUGAUGCAGCUUGGAGUGGACGGUGUAUUUGUUGGCUCGGGUAUAUUCAAGAGCUCGGACCCAAAGCCGCGGGCCGCUGCCAUGGCGCAGGCGGUGACCCAUUUCAAGGAUGCUAGAAAGCUGGCGGAGUUGAGUACCGACCUCGGACAGGCCAUGCUCGGUGAACCGCGAAACGACGCCAUCAAGAAGUAUUCGAACAACUGGACGCGCGGGGAAGCGGACCAAUCCAAGAUAUGGAACGCCACGCUCGGGACGCCGCAAAACCACGCGUCUUAUUAGAUGUGAGGGCGCGAGGGGGGGGGGGGGGGGGGGG